CACAUAACUCGUCACGCAUCCUGCACCGCAUAGCGUUCAUUACGUAGCUAGCGGUACAAAUAUUGCACCGUCCACAGAGCGCAUCUCAUAGCUUGCGAUACAUCGAUCGAGCAUCGAGGGUGGAACAGCCUACGGCUUUCGCCGACGCUGGCUAAUCUGUGCUUUGUAAUAUCGCCCUGGUCCCCAGGGACAGUCGCAGCGCGGCGGGGCCGAAGGCUUGGAUCGGGAUCCCAAGACCUGCUCCCUCAAUUUCUUAGCGGCAGUCUGUGGUGAUGAGGUCGGGUGGGAGGCUCCAGAGCGGCGCUUGGCGCUUGCAAAGUAUUUGAAGAUACGUCCCUCUGGUCCUGUGCCAGACGAGAUUCGGCAACUAUACCACGACUGACGGUUGUACGCAUCCAUGGCGCGCGCUGAGCGCGUCUAGUCUGUCCAUGGCGGCCACUGCUUGCAAGCACAUGGCCACCAGCAUGACACGCUGAGCCCCAAUAACACAUUCCGAGCUCUGCUGUCGGACCUGUACAUCGCGUAAGAGCAGCGCACGAAACAUGUGCCCCUAAACAAGGGAAGAAGAAAAAACUGUCGCAGGCUCCAUGUGCUGAGGUAUUGAGGUAUAACUAGGGGAGGCUUGGCUCCCAGAGCAGCGGAGAGCGUCGCAGCCAGUGUGUCCAGGUGCACCUCAGGCACUCGCUGUGACGGUAUAGCGGCGCGCCGAGCUUGAGCCCUUUCUUGGCCUGGCUACCUAUUUGUACCAGCUGUGCGAUUGCACAUGGCCGCGGUGAUGACCAACGCCGAGUGGUCCCACACGCGUGCCCGACUCGGCCUAUGCUGCCUGUACAUAGCAUUGGCCGCGCCUGCGCCCGUGCAACGCAUUGGCACAGGUCGUCCGCCGUCCCGCCAACGCAAACGGCUGUCAAAAACUGCGGCUACUUAGAACCGCGGGGGGGGUUGCACCAAACCCGGGUGCUGCAGAGCGCCUGGCGACGGUGCGCAAAGGUUGGGUCAGAAGAUCGCGCCGCAUCGCCGAUGCAUCGCCGAUGCAUCGGCGAUGCACCGACCCCAAUUGCUUCGACCCCAUGUGGGAGGGCUGGAAAACAGUGCGCGUGAACGUGUGGAGGGGCAGGCAGGGGAGAUGGAGGAGCAGCCUCUACGGCCUCACGUGGAGCUGGCCCCCCGGGGCUGCCCGCUCGCCGCCGCCGGGGCCCGCACGGAUCAGGGCGCGCUUGGCCCUCCUCCUCUCGCCGCGCCUCCUCUGCGGGGCACAAGUGACAACAGCUGCAGCCGGCCCCGAAGUGGCAGCCGCCCGGCUUCCAGAACCAGUUGCAGGGCCUGCAGCGCCCGAGGGCGUGCAGGGCGGAGCCGUGGCUGGGGGCCCCCGGCGGCGGGGCGAGGCCCAGGGGCACGGGCAGCAGCUCGCCGUCGCCAUCAUCCUGGCCCCUGGGGCCGCCAGCCCGUCCGCAGGCGGCGCUCCCGCCGGGCUGGCGCCCCAGGUGUCGAAGUCGUCGGGGUCCGCCAGCGGGUCGAAAUCGCAGCCGGGGCUGGGCGCGGCGGUGGAGUCCGACUCUGGGUCGGGCGCGGCGCUGCCCUUCUUCGUGGGGUCCUCUCGCCGGGCGCGGCGAGAGCCCCGGCGGCGCCGGCGGCCAUGCGGGGCGGCGUCCGGCACCGCGGGCAUCGCACGCCCCCUCGGCCGCCAGCGCCGGCGCCAGGAGCAGCGUGCGGCGGGGCGCCCGCCGCUGCAGGGGGAGGAGGGGCCCGGGCGGUGCUGCGGAAGGCAUCGCGGCUCGGGUCGCGGCGCGCUGGGGGGCGCGGCGAACGCGCUCGGGGCGAGAGGGUCGCCCUGACCCGCUUGGGGCGCU